AUGAUGCUCUGGAUACCAAUCGCACUCGCUUUGUGCGUUAGAACUUCUCUAGCGUCGACUAUGAAGCCUCUGAACAUCGUGUUGGAAAUCGACAGGAAGAGCAGAUACCUCCAGGGCUCAACCAACAUUGAGCUUCAGGUCUUUGACGUCGCAGAAUUGGACUAUUUUAUUAACAUGCACUAUCUCAAAAAGACUAUAAACAGAAAAGUACAUCCGGUGCCCUUUCUUAUCACAAAAUGGACGUAUGAGAAAAAAACCGUCAAGGUGGACACGUCUGCAUUCCACGGUCACAACCUCAAAUCCGUGAGAGUUUGCAUCAGGAAAGGAGCGAAAAGGCCAGCAGUGCUGGAAGUUGAAGUUAUGAACGACCAAAACGGUGCAGGUGGACCAUUCUUCUAUCUCGUAGCUACCAAGGAGCUCGAGUAUGAAAGGGCGGAUAUCAGCAAGUACAACAUGGAAGGAGCAAAACUCACCUACCACCAAAUUUUGGAUCUUAUGGAUGAUGUAAUAUACACCUUUAAUGAUGCACUCCUUCUGAACAUCGACAACAAGGAAAACUACGGAACAGCCACCAAAAGAUGCACUGUCACACAUAAGCCAAAUUAUCCAGCAUCGGGGUACGAUGAAUAUCAACAUGACGUCUCGCCUCACUCGUUUGUCCCUGAAGUUGUAAGGAAUGGAGUCAACGUGGUCAAAUGCGGAGAAUUACCAAAGAAUGUAACCUCCGCAUCCGUCUAUUGGUCACUUGGUUACCCAGUCAUGUUUAGAGUGAAAAGCACAGAAGGAUACACCUACUAUGCGAAAAUAGGAAAUUUAUGGCAGAAGAGAACUUUUGGACAGUACAACGAGCCUGAAUAUUCUAAAAAGCUCGCAGAAGAAUUAGAUAACAUCAACUCACAGAACAAUUAUAUAACCAUAGAUAUCGCCAAAAAUACUGAGGCUCCUUACAAAUCUGGAGCAAAGAGUGUGAAUGUUAAGAAAACUGCUGGAAAAUUGAAUGCCGAUCCUCCAUAUGGCUUUCAUAAGUUCACCCAUACUCUACAGGGGAAAUUUAAUGUUGCUCGUUUUGUUGAUGGCGGAGCACAACUCAAAUUUUAUAGCAAACAUUCCGGUUUUAUGGUCGUGGAUGGAGUUGAUGUCUACUUUUCCGAGUUGCAAACUCAACACAUUCCCGUACUAAUUUGUGUCCGUGGUUCUCGAGUAGGAGGCAAUUCAGACAAGGCUUGCCUUUCUCUUGCAGGAAAUAAAAUAUGGGCAGAUUAUACCUUUAACAAGAAAACACUCAAGAAUCAAUUGGAGGAUAUUCUCUAUAACAGUACCACAAGGAGAACCCUGGAUAUUUCAAAAAAGGCAGAAUACGGAAAACCCAGUUCCAUGGUUUCUGUAAACACUUUUAACUCCAACCCUUUCACAGUCUAUGUCCAUGAGUUCCACAUGCCUUCAAUAGUUUCAAGUUUGGUUAACAAUGGCAAGGAACUUUCUGGAAUGACUGACAUAAACGAUUAUGUCGUUCGUGCAAAGGUAUACUUUUUGGAGGGUACCCCAAGAUACAUAUUUUUGCACAACUUUAGCUCACUUCUCUUCUGCUCAGGAGAUCGCCUCGGUAAGUGGACUGUAGACAAGAGGAUUACAGAUUUUUCUCACGCAAAUGUAUCCGCCAUAGAAAAGGAGAAUGCUUCAUACUUUGAUCCAACCAAGUUUAAGACCGAGGAAUCAUAUCAAGGACUCACUGGUGUCAGGGGAGCUAAAGGUAGCGUUUAUGAAGCAAAUAAUCACACUUUAGGAGGAGCAAAACCCGGAUGGGUUGAAUCCGCUGAAGAGUACUUGAAUAUGACAUCCCAGGAUGAGGAAACUGAAGAGGAUACUACCGAAGAUAACCAUGUUGUAAGUGACUCCGAGAGAGUUGCGAAUACACCGACUGGCAAAAGACCAGAACAAGGUCCAAGACAUGAAUCUACAACAGAUGUUGUAGCGAGAUCGCAUAAUCCACAAAUGUCUCAUGGAGAUGCAGAGUCAAAGAACACCUCCAAAAAUAAAAAGCCAAAGAACAAGGGUUCAAAACAUUUGACUACUUCAAUGGCUCCUCAAGUUGGGGAAGAAAGUGAGUUGAAGGCUAAUCAAGAGGGAGAAUCCGAUGCUGAAAAAAAAGAAACUGAAGAUAUUGAGAACAAAGACUUGCACAAGAGGGAUGUAGAAGAACUCAUGAACUUUGCAGGGUUCUCCAUUUUUGAUCUAUUUUCCCUUUCAAGCGGAUUUCAUAGUGGAAGUACAGGGGUAUUGCUAUGCAACGCUCUACUCUACGCCUUUUUAUAUUUUUAA